AUGGCCACUCCUAGCAGUCAGAAGCAACCUUCUAAGCGUUCUAGCGAUGAAGAAAGGGAGGAAUUUCCGCUUAAGUGUCAGAGCCCAGUCCCUAACCCAGCCAUCUACCCCAAUGAGAUGUACCUUUGUCGACGAGAUGAGUAUCACGAAAUGAUAAAUCAUCAUAAAGCUGUAUUUUACAGCCGCACCAGAUACAGGGCGGCAGAGGUGACCGUCGGCGAUGCUUUUGAGUCGGUAUUUGUUCGAGUGAGAACAUGGGCAACCAUGUGGGGAAAGGGAGAGUCACUCUCGCAUCUUUCCGAUUCGGAUAAACAGGCGAUUAUCGCCAGCUUGGAUGAAUACUGUGUCCAGGAAGACUGGGAUAGCAUUCUUCUCAACCUCCCUCCUGCUGCUCGUGCUAAUUUCGGAUGAUCUUGGUUGAGUACAAUGCUAAAUCAGUUCAUCUGUACCAAGUUCAUAGACUCUCCCUUUUGGUUCAUGGACGGAAAGAUCAAUGCCAGCGAUUCAGAGACCCAGUCUGACUUCCACAAGAGGUUCCAGUACGUGUACGAGAAGCUCAUCCAGGUUUCCCGCGAGGAUGCAGCAUGGUGGAAAUCCAUCAUUGUCGGAAAGCUCAACGACGAACCCUGCGUGAUGAACAACAUCCCGCCCACCCCCGUCGGCCGCACCACGGUCAAACAUCGCACGGCGCUCGUGAAGACCUAUACCGAUGAGUUGAUGUGUUCGCGGCUCUUUCAGCUCUUGCUUCGGGAUCCAGUGACCAAGUACAAACGGUACCAGCGCAAGAAGGACCUGCGCUUACUCCUUGAAUGUGCCGCUCAGACCGUCAUCCACGCCGAUGGUGGUCUCUACGGCAAUACGAACAUCGUGCGACUGCCAGAUCUGCCGAAAUUCAAUCACUGGUCGGGCCAGAUGAUCGUCCAUCCCUUCCACGCAGGAUUUGAACCCGUCGAAGGAAGUCGGGUCUUGAUUGUGACGCGGCCGAGCUACAGCUACAUCGACAUCCUCUCCCUCAACCACUUCGCUACGGUUCCCCCGUGGAGGGCGAACCGUGCCGAAGUACUGGUGGCUGCCAAGGGGAGAAAAGCACGGGCACUAUGGGCAGCAGCUGCCGCUGGUGAUGACCGUGAAGACACCGUUGGAAGAGACAAAGAGGAAGGAGACAGCCAGGAAGAUGAUGACACGGAGGAGAUUGCUGAGCCCGUCAGGGAUCUCCCACCGCUACGAGACACUUUCUGGCGGCAGUAA